AUGCAGGUUUUGAAUGAUAUAUACAACGGAACGCUAAACACCAUAUCUAUAACAGGUUACAACAGCGUCAAGAGCGUUGUCAUAGUGUCCUCCUGGAUGCUUAGCCCCGUGAAAUCACUGUGCUACAUGAUAGGUGGUAACGGUGCUGAUGAGACAGCUUCGAAUGGCUCAUCCAACUCAUCCUCUUCGUACCAGUUAAAGGGUGGAAUGCCAGCUACAGUUGAGCCAAGAUCCAAUCAUACUGUAAUAACACGCUAUGAUCUGAUAGACGCAGCAGAGCGUAGAGAGCGUGAAAGAUUGGAAAGGAGGAGGAGAAGGAAGUCCAGGUCUGAUAAUUGA